AUGGCAGGAGUUCUAAUAUAUGAGUUCUACUGGUCAGGCUAUGCCAUCAAUCACUCUCACAGCACACCUCAAGCUAUAAUCAGAACUAGAGAACUUGACUGGCAAUUUCGACGCACGAGCCGCAAGGUGCACACGCCGCAGCUGGAGUAUAAUACUCGUCAUCCAAUAUGUCAAAUAUGUCAAAAUGCUUUCGCCAUCUUAGGUGUCCGGGUUGAGUAUAUGGAGCAGCGACAUUAA